AUGUCGUCCACUGAAAUCGAGCGAGCUAGCAAGAAGCGCAAGAGAAAGCACACUGGUAGCAAAAAUAAGGACGUAUCUGAACCCUCUGAAGCUGUCACUGCUCCAGAACCUACUGUCGAAGCCGCUGCCAGCAAGAAGGACAAGAAGUCGAAGAAGCAAUCCAACGGCGCGGAGGAAAAGUCUAAGAAGUCCAAAAAAUCCAAGGAUGUGCCAAUAGAGGAGCCAAAAGAGGAGGAAGACGAUGAAGAAGAGGAUGAGGAGAAACAAGAAGAGACAUGGGAAGAUGAAGAUGACAACGAGGAAACUGAAAACCCGGAAGCAAUGGAUAUCGACGAAGAGGAAGUCGAUGCAGAGGAGGACAAUCGCGACAAUGUCCAACUGGAGGAUCUCCCUGAUAGCCUUGUCAAUGCGAACCUGAGCCUACCGGACCUUGAAGGAACAGAGAGCAUGCUAUUCAAGGAUGUCAAACUGAGCGAGAACACGCAGAAAGCGAUCACAGAGAUGGGGUUCACAAAAAUGACAGAAGUUCAAGCCAAAACUAUACCACCUUUGUUGGCUGGGCGAGAUGUGCUAGGUGCAGCGAAGACAGGCAGUGGAAAGACUUUGGCUUUCUUGAUCCCAGCAGUGGAGAUGCUAAGCUCUCUACGAUUCAAGCCUCGUAACGGAACAGGCGUGGUUGUUGUCUCCCCCACCCGUGAACUUGCCCUCCAGAUCUUCCACGUCGCCCGUGAACUUACGAAACAUCACUCUCAAACCUGCGGUAUCGUAAUCGGCGGUGCCAAUCGCCGCGCUGAGGCUGAGAAACUCUCCAAGGGCAUAAACCUCCUUAUCGCCACCCCUGGCCGUCUUCUUGACCACCUUCAAAACACACAGGGCUUUGUUUUCAAAAACUUGAAAGCUCUUGUUAUCGACGAAGCAGACAGGAUCUUAGAGGUCGGGUUCGAAGACGAAAUGAGGCAGAUUAUCAAGAUCUUACCAAAGCAGGAUAGGCAGAGUAUGUUAUUUUCAGCGACACAAACCACCAAAGUCGAAGAUUUAGCAAGAAUCUCAUUACGCCCUGGACCCCUAUAUAUCAAUGUUGACCAUAGGAAGGAACAUUCCACAGUCGAGGGCCUUGAACAGGGGUAUGUAAUUUGCGAGGCGGACAAGCGAUUUCUCCUGCUCUUCUCGUUCUUGAAAAGGAAUUUGAAAAAGAAGGUCAUUGUAUUCUUUUCCUCGUGCAACUCGGUCAAGUACUAUGCCGAACUCCUAAAUUACAUCGACCUCCCCGUUCUUGACCUCCACGGCAAUCAAAAACAACAAAAACGGACAAAUACCUUCUUCGAGUUCUGUAAUGCAAAGCAGGGCACCUUAAUCGCUACCAACGUUGCCUCCCGAGGCCUCGAUAUCCCGGCUGUCGACUGGAUCGUUCAAUUCGACCCACCAGAUGAUUCAACUGAAUAUAUCCAUCGUGUGGGUCGAACAGCACGUGGCGUAGAUGGCAAGGGAAGAAGCUUGAUGUUCUUGCUGCCUACGGAAGUUGGAUUUUUAAAGAUAUUAAAAGAAAAGAGAAUCCCUGUGGUUGAGUUUGAGUUCCCGGCAAGCAAAAUUGUGAAUGUGCAGAGCCAGCUGGAAAAGCUGAUCGGUCAAAAUUAUUAUCUCAAUAAGUCCGCAAAGGAUGGCUAUAGGUCAUAUCUUCACGCUUACGCCUCGCACAGUCUGCGAAGCAUUUUCGAUGUCAACAAAUUAGACCUUGUCAAAUUGGCAAAAAGCUUCGGGUUCCCUACUCCACCAAGGGUGGAUAUCCAGUUGGGAGCAAGCAUGGCGAAGGAUCGUAAUAAGGUUGUCUCACGGCGGAGUUAUGGAUCCCAACCCGGAAGGAAAGUGAAGGGAUGGAAGAGGAAGAGAGGAGACGACGAGUAG